AUGUCGAAUCCUUUUGAAAAAGACUUGGUUCAGGACCCUUUCAAGGAACAUGAAAUGAAUAAUAUCGACAGCUACCUUCCGCCAUCCAUUAUUUCGGUUGACAUCAACGAUCCUAUCAACGCACAGCCCCCGACGACCUAUGGCGGCGCCGUAUUAACUCGAACUCCCUACAACGGCGCUGAGAUCCACAAAGAAGGAAAAGGCUUUGCGGAAGGAACCCCACAACCCCCUUUAUCGUUCACUACGGCCGCGGUGGCGACCCCGCAUCCCACCAACGCCCAAACCUCGCAAGCAGUCAAAGCGACCUCGAAAUUUUGGACAAUCGAGUUCUACCAGCAAUUGUUUGAUAUUACUACACAACAAGUUCUUAUUCGCAUCAGCAAUACUCUCGUACCGAUCACCCCGCCGGACUUUUUGAUGGACCGCCAUUGGCAUUACGCGACCGGAAAUAACGUCGGGGUGAACAACCCCCCGUCCGAGGUGAUUCCCCAAGAGGAUCUCAUCAUUGACGGGAUUGUACUCUCGCGAAAUCCAGAUUUGUACGGCCCGUUCUGGAUCUGCACGACGCUGUGGAUGUUGUUGGGGAUGGUGAGCAAUAUUAUGGCCAGGAUUGCCCACUUUAAGUACGAAAAAGACCCAUCAAAGACCUGGACCUAUGAUUUCUCCGUCGCCUCCGUCGCGUGUAUGGUUAUAUAUCUAUACUGCUUUGCCUUGGGGGCGGCGGUGUGGAUGGGGAUGCACUGGAAAAAUCUUCCCAUCACGCUUACCGACACGCUCUGCCUCUAUGGCUACAGUAUGUUUAUUUUUAUCAUUGCGGCGCUACUUUGCAUGAUUCCUAUUAAUAUGGUUCAGUGGGUUGUAGUUAUGUUUUGCGGGAUGUGGUCAGCAGUGUAUAUUUUGAGUAAUUUAUGGCAUAUGUUGAAGAGCGCCCUUGAUCAAAGGUCGUUUCUUAUUUUUGUAGGGCUUAUGGUCUUCUUCCAUAUGGUCUUGAGUCUAUCAUUCAAGUUUUACUUUAUGAAUUACCGCUACUGA